CUUGACGCUGUAGUGUCACGUGACCCCGGGCUCAGGUAUUUAAAGCAUGUACACGGGUUGGUUGGUGUCAGUCUUUCCCUAUCCUAACUUCGGUGUAGACUUUAGGACUGAUUCAAGAUGCCUGGCCAUAUCAAGCUCGGCAAGACUGGACAAGCUGAUCCAGAUCCUUCGGAGUUCUUAGUUCCUUCUAUAGAGGUGAAAAGAGCUGAUCAGCAGAAACCUUAUGAUUCCAAGAAAUCUGUUUGGAUUCCUGAUCCCAAGACUGGAGGAUAUAGGGAGGGUUUUUUGGAGUCUGGUGACCUAGAAGACCCUGCAAGCAAAUGUCUUGUGUCUGUUGGUCAUGAAAAGUUUACCCAUAAAGGGUCUGAGGUCGGAAAGGUCAACCCACCUAAGUUUGAGAAGUGUGAGGACAUGGUUAAUCUUACUUUUCUCAAUGAUGCUUCUGUAUUCUGGAACCUGAAGACGCGUUACCAGAUCAAAAUGAUCCAUACCUACUCUGGUCUCUUUGUUGUUGUUGUUAAUCCUUACAAGCGUUACCCUAUCUACACCCACAGGGUUGCUAAGAUCUACCUUGGCAAGAGGCGUAAUGAGGUUCCUCCUCAUCUUUGGGCUAUUGCUGAGACUGCCUACAGAGGUAUGUUGACCAACUGCAAGAAUCAAGCUAUGCUGAUCACUGGUGAGUCUGGAGCUGGAAAAACUGAAAAUACUAAGAAGGUUAUCACUUACCUGGCCAUGGUUGCAACUGGCUCUGGGAAGAAAUCUACUAAAAAGGUUUCUCUAGAAGAUCAGAUUGUGGCUACUAAUCCCAUUCUGGAAUCAUAUGGAAACGCAAAAACUGCCAGAAAUGACAACUCUUCUCGUUUUGGAAAGUUUAUCCGAAUCCAUUUCACUUCUUCUGGAAAGUUGGCUGGUUGUGACAUUGUCUCUUAUCUUCUUGAAAAAUCAAGAAUCACUGAGCAACAGGCUGUUGAGAGGUCUUAUCAUAUCUUUUACCAACUGCUUCAGCCUUAUGGAGAUGGUAUUGGAACUGGUCUGAAGAAUAUGUGUCAUCUGUCUGAUGACAUCUAUGAUUACAUCUACGUUUCUCAAGGGAAAACCAAGGUAGAAUCCAUUGAUGACAAUGAAGAAUUAGAGUAUACAGAGGAUGCAUUCAAUGUGAUUGGAUUCGGUGAGCAGGAAAAGUUUGACUGCUAUAUGCUGACCUCAGCUGUCAUGACUUAUGGAGGUGUUGAGUUCAAGACCAAGGGUAGAGAUGAUCAAGCUGAAUGUGAGUUUAUUGGACCAGACAGCUAUGCUGGAAAAGCUGCUGCACUUUGUGGAGUUGACUCAAUGGCACUUAUCAAAGCAUUUUGUAAGCCUAGAAUCAAGGUCGGAACUGAAUGGGUAACCAAGGGCCAAACUUGUGAACAGGCAACCAAUGCUGUUGGUGGUAUUGCUAGAGGUAUCUUUGACAGACUAUUCAAAUGGCUCAUUGAGAAAUGUAAUGAGACUCUGAUUGAUGCUACUUUGAAGAAGAACAAUUUUUGUGCUGUGCUUGACAUUGCUGGAUUUGAGAUCUUUGAAUAUAAUGGGUUUGAACAGAUCUCCAUUAACUUUGUAAACGAGAAGCUUCAACAGUUUUUCAAUCACCACAUGUUCGUUGUUGAACAAGAAGAGUAUGUUAAGGAGGGCAUUGACUGGGAAAUGGUUGAUUUUGGUCUUGACCUGCAGGCUGCUAUUAUCAUGUUUGAAAAGCCAAUGGGUCUUUGGGCCAUUCUUGAGGAGGAAUCUCUGUUUCCGAAAGCAACUGACAAAUCAUUUGAAGAGAAACUGAAAGCUUCUCUGGGAAAACUUCCAAUCUUCCUGAAACCUCAGUCUAAGACUGAUAAAAAUGCUCAUUUUGCCAUUUCUCAUUAUGCUGGUAUUGUAUCCUACAAUGUGACUAACUGGCUUGAGAAAAACAAGGAUCCUGUAAAUGACUCUGUAGUUGAAAUCUUCAAAAGUGCAAGUACUGUUGCCCUUCUAGUUCAUCUAUGGCAAGAUCAUCCAGGACAGCCAACAACAACUCCUAAAGAUGACGGAAAAAAGAAGAAGAAGGGUGGUGGUGGAAAGACUGUGUCCUCUGUCUACUUAGUUUCACUUGGCCAACUCAUGGACACACUUCACAGUUGUGAGCCCCACUUUGUGCGUUGCCUUGUUCCAAACACCCAUAAGAAACCUGGUGAUGUUGAACCCCCUCUUAUUAUGCACCAGCUCACUUGCAAUGGUGUACUUGAGGGCAUUAGAAUUUGUAUGAGAGGAUUCCCAAACAGAAUUUACUAUGCAGAUUAUAAGGCCCGUUAUGCUAUUCUAGGUGCCAAGGAAAUUGCAAGCUCUCAGGACAAUAAAACUGCUGCUUAUGCUUUGAUGGACAAGAUUCAGUUUAGCAGAGAAAGAUAUAGGCUUGGACAUACAAUGGUUUUCUUUAGAGCUGGAGCUUUGGCUGUCUUAGAAGAGGCUAGAGAUGACAUUGUCCUCAAACUUGUUAGAUAUAUACAAGGUCAAGCAUACCAAAGAAUUAAAAAUGUUGACUUUGUAAAGCGCAGAGAUCAAAGAGAACUCAUCAAAGUAUGCCAAAGAAAUUUCAGGAAGUAUAUUGCUUUAAGAGAAUGGGGAUGGUUUAUCAUUAUUCAGAAGACUAGACCUCUCAUUGGGCUCCCUAACCCCGAGGAAGAAUUGAGACUUUUAGAAGAAAAGGCAAAAGAAAAAUAUGGUGCUUAUGAAAAGCAGCUCAAUACUAAGGCACGUCUUCUUGAAGAAAAUAAGGUGAUUAAUGAAGAGAAGAAGGCUAUUCUGAAACAAAUAGAAGCCGAACAAGGUGACAUGUCUCAACAUCAUGAAAGACAAGCUAAGAUGUCUGCACAGAAGGCUGACCUAGAAAUUCAGCUUCAGGAAGCUCAAGAUAAGCUUGUCCAACUUGAGAGAAGCAGGGUUCAAGCUACUGCAGAUAAGAAAGUGUUGGAGCAAGAAGUUAUUUCUGUUAAGAAAGAUAUUGAUGAUAUAGAAAUGUCAAUUCAAAAAAUUGAGCAAGACAAGACCAAUAGAGAUCACACUAUCAGACAACUCAAUGAUGACAUAGCAGCUCAAGAUGAAGUCAUCAAUAAGAUUAACAAGGAUAAGAAGCGCCAAGGGGAGAAUGCUUCCAAGGCCAACGAGGAUCUCCAAGUUGCCCAAGAGAAAGUUGAUCAUCUAACCAAAAUAAAGACCAAGCUUGAAGCAACUUUGGAUGAACUUGAGUCAAGUUUGGAAAGAGAAAAAAGGCAAAGAGCCAACACUGAGAAGGAACGCAGAAAAAUUGAAGGAGAACUCAAGAUAACCCAAGAGACUGUCCUAGAGUUGGAAAGGAAGAAGAAGGAACUUGAGAGCAUCAUUCAAAAGAAGGACAAAGAUGGUGCAUCCUUUUUUUCUAAGCUUGAGGACGAACAAGGAUUGGUUGGUAAAGUUCAAAAGUCUAUCAAGGAACAUCAAUCUAGGAUUGAAGAGAUGGAAGAAGAAUUGGAAGCUGAAAGACAAGCUAGAGCUAAGGCUGAACGCCAGCGCUCUGAUCUAGCUCGUGAGCUUGAAAGCAUGGGAGAAAGACUCAUGGAAGCAGGGGGAGCCACUAAUGCCCAGGUUGAGUUGAACAAGAAACGCGAAAGUGAGGUUAGCAAGCUUAGAAAGGAUCUAGAGGAAGCAAAUAUUCAGCAGGAGGGAACUCUAAUAAGUUUAAAGAAGAAACACCAGGAUGCUAUCUAUGAAAUGAGUGAACAAAUUGAUCAGCUAAAUAAAAUGAAGACCAGAAUUGAGAAGGACAAGGGGCAAAUCAUGAAUGAGAUUGCUGAUGUGAGAGCUGCUACUGACGAAGUUGUUCGUUCUAAGGCUUCUGCUGAAAAAUCACACAGGAACUUGGUUACCCAGCUUAAUGACUUGAACAAGAAAGUUGAAGAGUGCAACCUGACUCUGUCAGACUUUGAACAUGGAAAACGAAAACAGAGUGCUGAGAAUGCUGACCUUCUUAGACAACUCCAGGAGUUGGAGAACAAUGCCAAUAUGCUUUCAAAGGUGAAAUCCGCCUUGGCAGCUCAGUUGGAUGAACAAAGAAGAAUUGCCGAUGAUGAAGCAAAGGAAAGGCAGUCUCUGCUUGGAAAGUAUCGGAAUGCAGAGCAUGAAGUUGACGGAAUGCGCCAACAUUAUGAUGAGGAAUUGUUGUCAAAGGAGAAUUUGACUCGUCAGCUUACUAAGGCUCAGGAUGAAUCUGAUCUGUGGAGACGCAAAUAUGAGAUUGACGGGGUUGCCAAGGCCGAAGAGCUGGAAAUGUCAAAACUGAAAAUGCAAGCUCGACUCUCGGAAUCUGAAUCUACUAUUCAACAACUGAAUGCAAAGCUAAGCCAGAUCGAGAAGGCUAAAGCCAAGAGCCAGGCCGAAUUUGAUGAAAUGUCUGUGAUGCUGGACCAGGCCCAGAUUAUGCAUGCUUCAAUGGAGAAGAAGGCCAAACAGUUUGACAGGAUUGUCGGAGAAUGGAAGCAUAAGGUUGAUGGACUCAGCAUGGAUCUUGAUGGCUCCCAGAAGGAGACAAGGAAUGCUUCCUCUGAGCUGUUCCGAAUCAAGAAUGCCUACGAAGAAUCUGUUCUUCAGUUGGAUGAGGUUAGACGUGAGAACAAGAAUCUAUCUUGUGAGAUCAAGGAUAUUAUGGAUCAGAUAAGCGAGGGCGGACGAUCCAUUCAUGAAAUUGACAAAAUCCGCAAAAGGCUGGAGGCUGAAAAGAUGGAACUGGAGGCUGCUCUCUCUGAGGCCGAAGGAGCAUUGGAACAAGAAGAGAACAAGGUUCUGAGAGCUCAGCUAGAGCUGACCCAAGUCAGGCAGGAGAUUGAGAGACGUCUUGCUGAGAAGGAUGAAGAGUUCGAGUCUACCAGGAAGAACUUUGCAAAGGGUCUGGAGGGUAUGCAGGUUGCACUUGAAGCUGAAACAAAGGGUAAGUGUGAAGCCCUGCGAAUGAAGAAGAAACUAGAAUCUGAUGUCUGCGACCUUGAAACUGCUCUUGAGCAUGCCAAUGCCGCCAACUGCGAGAGCCAGAAGUCCAUCAAGAAGUACCAACAGUCCCUGAGAGAGGUUCAGGCCAGGUAUGAGGAGGAGACAAGAGCCAAGGAGGUUGCUCAUGACAAUCUUCUAGUUGCUGAUAGGAGAGCUCAUGCUAACCAGAAUGCUCUAGAAGAGGCGAGAACUUUGCUCGAGCAAGCUGAUCGGGCUAGAAGAGUCUUGGAACAGGAGGUGUCUGACACUAAUGAGACCCUAUCUGAUCAAACCUGCCAGAACCAGGCUAUUGACGGAGCAAAAAGGAAACUGGAGCAAGAAAUGCAAACCCUUGGGGCUGACCUUGAUGAGAUGCAAUCUGAAGCCCAUAUUUCUGAACAGAAAGCACAAUCUGCUAUGAUUGAUGCUGCAAGGCUUGCUGAUGAACUGAGAGCAGAACAGGAGAUGGCGAUGUUCGUUGAGCGUGACCGGAAGCUACUUGAAGCCCAGGUUAAGGAUAUGCAGUCUAGGCUUGACGAAGCUGAACAGAACGCUCUCAAGGGAGGAAAGAAAGCCAUGGCUAAGAUGGAUUCCAGAAUCCGUGAGCUUGAAUCUGAGCUUGAUGCUGAGAAUAGAAGAAUGCAGGAUGCCCAGAAGAACCUGCGGAAGAGUGAGCGUAGGAUCAAGGAGCUCACCUAUCAACAAGACGAGGAUAGGAAGAACCAUGAGAGAAUGCAGGGCUUGAUUGAUCAGCUGCAAGGAAAGAUUAGAAGCUAUAAGAAGCAGAUUGAAGAAGCUGAAGAGAUUGCUGCUCUCAACCUUGCCAAGUUUAGACAGGUUCAAGGAAACCUUGGAGAUACUUCAGAGAGAGCAGAUGUUACUGAACAGGCUCUUGCUAAGAUGAAAGCCAGGGCCAGGUCUGUUGGUCCUCAAUAAACCUAGAUUGUAAUCUGGUUGCUAGAUCUUCAGCCUGGUGUUGUUUGUAAACAAGCUGUUGUUGCUGUUGUACAGUAGUCGAAUAUAAUUCAUUGAAUAAAUGUACUGCAAUAUUUA